GGCAGUUCCGUGGAGGCCGGGAGUCCAGUUAGCGUUCUUGUGUGUGCUGUGCUGUCACACUAGCUUGACAAUGCAGAUCUUUGUGAAGACCUUGACCGGUAAGACCAUCACCCUGGAGGUGGAGCCCAGUGACACCAUCGAGAAUGUCAAGGCGAAGAUCCAGGACAAAGAGGGCAUCCCCCCUGACCAGCAGAGGUUGAUCUUUGCCGGGAAGCAGCUGGAGGACGGGCGCACCCUGUCUGACUACAACAUCCAGAAGGAGUCCACUCUGCACCUGGUCCUGCGCCUCAGGGGGGGCAUGCAGAUCUUCGUGAAGACCUUGACCGGCAAGACCAUCACCCUGGAGGUGGAGCCCAGUGACACCAUCGAGAAUGUCAAGGCGAAGAUCCAGGACAAGGAGGGCAUCCCCCCUGACCAGCAGAGGUUGAUCUUUGCCGGGAAGCAGCUGGAGGACGGGCGCACCCUGUCUGACUACAACAUCCAGAAGGAGUCCACUCUGCACCUGGUCCUGCGCCUCAGAGGGGGCAUGCAGAUCUUCGUGAAGACCUUGACCGGCAAGACCAUCACUCUGGAGGUGGAGCCCAGUGACACCAUCGAGAAUGUCAAGGCGAAGAUCCAGGACAAGGAGGGCAUCCCCCCUGACCAGCAGAGGUUGAUCUUUGCCGGGAAACAGCUGGAGGACGGGCGCACCCUGUCUGACUACAACAUCCAGAAGGAGUCCACUCUGCACCUGGUCCUGCGCUUGAGGGGAGGUGUCUAAGUUCCCCCUUUUAAGCUGUUGACAAAAUUCAUUGCACUUUUCUUUCAAUAAAGUUGUUGCAUUCCCAAA